AUGGCCAUGGCGCGCAACCUUUCGAAGACGGCCGUCCGUGGAACGUACGUUUUUUUGAAGCUAUUCUUAUCUUUCAUUUUUGGGGCUUGGUGGAGUCACGUCGAGAUGGGCCCCCCGGACGCCAUCCUCGGCGUCACCGAGGCGUUCAAGCGCGACACCAACCCUAAGAAGAUGAACCUCGGCGUCGGCGCGUACCGUGAUGAUCAGGGAAAACCCUUCGUCCUCCCGUGCGUGCGCAAGGCCGAGGAGCGCCUCGUUGCCGAGAAGCUCGACAAGGAAUACGCGGGAAUCAUCGGUAUCCCCGAAUUCUGCCAGCACUCGAUCACCCUCGCCCUCGGCAAGGACUCGCCGGCACUCAAGGACAAGCGCACCGCCACCGUGCAGAGCAUCUCCGGCACCGGAGCGCUCCGGAUUGGCGCCGAAUUCUUGUCAAAAUACUCGAAGGCCAAGGUCAUCUACCAGCCGACACCAACCUGGGGCAACCAUGUGCCGAUUUUCAAGUUUGCCGGCAUGGACGUGAAGAACUACCGCUACUACGACAAGAACACCUGCGGAUUUGACGAAAAGGGCGCCCUGGCCGAUAUUGCCGCCAUUCCGAAGGGCAGCGUCAUCCUCCUCCACGCCUGCGCCCACAACCCGACCGGCGUUGACCCCACGAAAGAACAAUGGAAGAAGAUCUCCGAGGUGUGCAAGAAGAACGGCCUGUUCGUCUUCUUCGACAUGGCCUACCAAGGAUUUGCGUCUGGCGACGUCGAUGGGGAUGCGUUCGCUGUUCGGUACUUCAUCGAGCAGGGCCACAACAUUGUCCUCUCCCAGUCCUUCGCCAAGAACAUGGGCCUCUACGGCGAGCGCAUCGGCGCGUUCAGCGUCGUCUGCGAUUCGAAGGAUGAAGCCGAUCGCGUAAUGUCCCAGCUGAAGAUCCUCAUCCGCCCGAUGUACUCGAACCCGCCGGUCCACGGCGCCCGACUCGUCUCCCGAAUUCUGAACGACCCCGCGUUGCACAAGGAAUGGCUCGGCGACGUGAAGGGCAUGGCCGACCGCAUCAUCUCCAUGCGCACGCAGCUGCGCGACUUGCUGAAGAAGGAGGGCUCCAGCCGCGACUGGAAGCACAUCACCGACCAGAUCGGCAUGUUCUGCUUCACAGGGAUCUCUCCACAGCAGGUGGAGAAGCUGAUCAAGGAGCACUCGGUGUACCUGACGAAGGACGGGCGCAUCUCCGUGGCGGGCAUAUCGUCGAACAACGUCGCCUACCUCGCCCACGCCCUCCACCAAGUCACCAAA